UGAGGUGACUUUAUAGUUCAUCAUUAAUCUGCGUAUAGUUCAUAGCAUCUAGUGUGGCUCAUAGAUAUUAGCUAUUUAAUAUUUACCGAUUAAAUAAAUGUAAUUAUGGGUUUAAUCUGAACGUCGUAAUUUGUCAGGAAAUCAUUUUACAUUUAUCAUACUUUUUGUAGUUAAGAAAGGGGAUUUAUAGAAGAAGCUAUACAAUAAAUAUCUACUAACUCAAUCCUAUCCUUUACAGGAUACCACUAGAAAUAUGCAAUUAGGUACAGCAUUUGAGGUCUCUUUGACAAAAUUACAAUUUGAGUGGCGUUAAAAAUGGCUGAGAACUGCUCUAAAGUAGUGGGAGGUGUAAAACUAAUUGAAAAAACUAACAGCCACUAUAGUGUUCAGUUUGAAACGGGAGAAGAAGCCAGGCUAAAUAUCUUAAACGACCAUGUCUUUAGAUAUUACAUGUCACCCAGCAGAGUAUUCUUGGAAUAUCCCGAGCCAAUAGACCCUGAUGAUGUCGCAAAGAUAAUUUCCAAAACUGCAGAUGAUUACGGUUUAGCAGCAUUCAAUAAAUCUUUUGUUAAAGAUAUCAUCACACAUUACAUUGUGCAAACAAGUGAUAUACAAAUCAUAUUUGUUAAGAGAAGAGGCACUAUGAAAGUAUGUGACAACAGAAACGAUGAAGUGUUCAGUGAAACAAAACCAUUGUCUUACAUGGAUUGCAAAUCAACUCAAUAUUUGCGUCAGAAGGAAAACGAGUUUUUUUUCGGAGGCGGAAUGCAAAAUGGAAGAUUCACCCAUAAAGGAGAAGUAAUAAAUAUUUUGAAUACUAAUAAUUGGAACGAUGGCGGAGUCGCGUCUCCUUGUCCUUUCUACUGGUCAUCUAAUGGUUAUGGUGCAAUGAGAAAUACGUGGCAACCAGGAGUUUACGAUUUUGGGGAGAAGUCAGAUGAUGUUAUAGAAACUACUCAUAAAGGCGAAGAUUUUGAUGCGUAUUUCUUUAUAAAUACCUUACCGAAAGAUAUACUCAAUGAUUAUUAUGAAUUAACAGGCAAACCAAUUUUAAUGCCAGAAUACGCAUAUUACGAGGCACAUUUGAACGCUUUCAAUCGUGAUUAUUGGGUUGAAGUAACCUCUGAUACAUAUGGUGCUAUACUAUUUGAAGAUGGCAAGCACUAUAAAUGUUACCAGCCCAACGACAUCGGCGAUAAGAAAGGCAUUUUGGAAUCCUUAAAUGGAGAAAAAAAUAACUAUCAAUUCUCCGCUCGAGCCAUGAUAGACCGAUAUAAAAGACACGAUAUGCCUUUAGGUUGGUUUAUACCUAACGACGGUUACGGUUCCGGUUAUGGGCAAACGGACACAUUGGAUGGUGACAUCCAAAACUUAAAGAAAUUUGUUGACUAUUCUCUAGAAAACGGCGUAGAAGUUGCUUUGUGGACAGAAUCAAAUUUGCAUCCAAAAGAUCCUGUUAAUCCUAAAAAAGGAGAGCGUGACUUGAGUAAAGAAGUUGGUAUAGCUAAAGUGGUCGCGCUUAAGUGUGACGUCGCAUGGAUAGGUAGUGGCUAUUCGUUUGGACUUAGUGCUGUUGAAAAUGCAGCAGAAAUUUUUGUAAAAGAAACAAUGCAUAAAGUUAGACCAAUGAUCCUAAUGGUAGAUGGUUGGGCUGGCACACAACGCUAUUCUGCCAUUUGGAGUGGUGACCAAGCCGGAGGAGAAUGGGAAUACAUUCGAUUCCAUAUCCCUACUUAUAUUGGAACAGGCCUAUCAGGCCAGCCUUUAGUUGGCUCAGAUAUGGAUGGUAUUUAUUCAGGAGGAUGCAAAGAGGUCAAUAUCCGAGAUUACCAAUGGAAAACUUUCACUCCGCUACAAUUAAACAUGGACGGCUGGGGAAAUACACAAAAAACUCCGUUUAGUUAUGAUGAAGAAGCUACUAACAUCAACAGAGCCUAUUUGAAGCUAAAGUCUAUGUUAAUGCCUUACAAUUACAGCAUAGGAUACGAGUCUAUACAUGGACUUCCAAUGGUUAGAGCAAUGUUCCUUGAAUUCCCCGACGAAACUCCAGCUUAUACAAAAGAUUCUCAAUACCAAUACAUGUGGGGGCCAAAUAUUCUAGUUGCUCCAGUUUAUAAAGAUUGCACAGAUGAUGAGGGAGUUUCUAUACGGGAUGGAAUUUAUCUUCCAAACCCUAAUCAAGUAUGGAUAGAUUUUAUGACGGGGAUAAAAUAUAAAGGUGGUAAAAUAUAUAACAACUUUAUUGUACCUUUAUGGAAAAUACCUGUUUUUAUCAAGGAUGGUUCUAUAAUACCAAUGACGAAUCCAAAUAACAAUCCCUAUGAAAUAAAGAGAGACUGCCGAACCUUUACUAUAUAUCCAAACGGUGUCUCACGUUGUCUUGUCUAUGAAGAUGACGGUAUAUCUUCAGAUUAUUUACAAGGCAAUUCAGGUUAUGCCACUACAGAAAUUGAAACAAAAGGUCCAGAAUCUAAUGAAUUUGGAGAUUUAUUAAUAACAAUAUUUAAAACUACUGGAAAUUAUAAAAAAAUUAAGAAACAUAGACGGACUAUAAUACAAAUAAUGUCUUCGAGAGAUAUUCGACAAAUAAAAGUUGUUACCAAUGGACAACCCAUAGUUGUAACAAAAGUGAAAAAUAGAAGGGAAUUCGAGAGUCAAGACAAUGUAUUCAUGUUUAUAAAGGAUUUCGUUUUAAAUCCGUAUCUACAAUAUACAGAAACAAAACAGACGUUCCUGUUACUAAAACUUGAGAAAUUAGACGUGACCUCCAAUGAAAUAAUAAUAAAAGUUAAUGAUUACGCUAAUACCGGAGUAAUAAUUGGGAAACUGGAAGAAAAUAAAGAAAUACCAGAAUCGAUAAAUAACUUUCAAGCCAACUUCUUCGAAUCUACAGCGACAUCGAUUUCUCUUGACUGGGACGACUGUGCAUGUAAUGAUUUUUACGAGAUCGACCGAGAUGGUGUUGUCUUUACAAAUAUUACAAAGAAAUCAUUUACAUUCGACGAUCUUGCUUGUGGCAGUACGCAUGAGUUCAAAAUACGAUCAAUUUCGAAUAACAUUGCUUCAGAUUGGAGCAGUGUUAUUUCAGCUUCGACUCACGAGGAUCCUUUCAAAUAUAUUAUACUUGGAGUGCAAGUUACAUGUAAUCUACCAUGUCAACCAUGUCAAGAAGUUUGCAACUUAACAGACAAUAGUCAGAGCACUUUGUGGCAUACUAAUUGGGGAAAAUCUGGUCAGGCAAACCAAGCAGAAGAGAAAUAUAUAAAACUUUUUUGUGAUUUAGGAGAUGUAUACGAUUUAGAUAGAGUUGAAUACGUACCUCGUAGUGAUGCAGGCAAUGGUACAUUUCUUGAGCUCCAAUUCACGUAUUCUACUAAUAAUUCCGAGUGGAGUGCAUUAUCGAAUCCUAUUCAAUUUGAAGGUGACAGUUCAGUUAAAACUAUACCCUUUGACGGAAAGAAAUUAAGAUAUUUGCAACUAAUUGUCAUAAGUACCGUCGGCAGCUUUGGAUCAGGAAGGAAUUUGUUAUUUUAUAAAAAAUAAAUCGACGAUUUU